AUGGCAGACGAUGUCGAGCUGUGGCGAGCGGCCUUACAGCAAUGUUUCCAUGACCAUUCUCAUCAAUUACCCAUCUUUCUCGAGCACCUUGCCAUAAGCCUUGUACACAGAUUCCAGCAACGGGGUGUCCUAUCUGACCUUGAUGAGGCCAUCAAUCUCCAUCGAGCCGCACUGGCACGUCGUGCCGCAGGCCAUCCUCAUCGAUCCAAUUCUCUCAACGACCUUGCCAAUGCCCUUCAACUCAGAUUCCAGCAGCGGGGGGUCCUGGAUGACUUGGAUGAGGCCAUUAAGCUCCAUCGAGCUACACUGGCGCUUCGUCCACCUGGCCAUCUUGAUCGAGCCAUGUCUCUAAGCAACCUUGCCAGCUGUCUUCAUGACAGAUGCGUGCGGUUGGAUGUCUUGUCUGACCUGGAUAAGGCCAUUGAGCUCUACCAAGCUGCACUGGAGAUCUGUCACCCUGGUCAUCAUAUUCGACCCCAACUUCUGAAUAACCUUGCGGACAGUCAUCUACACCGAUUCCAGCGGGGGUGUGUCCUGUUUGACCUCGACGAAGCCGUAAGGCUCAAUCGAGCUGCGCUGGCGCUCUGUCCCCUUGGCCAUCCUCAUCGAUUUGGCUCUCUCAAUAGCCUUGCAAACAGCCUUGUCGUCAGAUCUCCGGAGCGGCCUGUCCUGUCUGACAUAGAUGAAGUCGUCAAUCUCCAUCGAGCUGCACUGGCACUCUGUCCCGUUGGUCAUCCUCAUCGAUUGAUGUCCCUCAACAACCUCGGCGUUAGCCUUGGAAACAGAUACAAGGAUCAGGGUGUUCCGUCGGAGCUUGAUGAGGUCAUCGAGCUCCAUCGAAAUGCUAUAGUGCUCUGUCCGCCUGACCAUCCUUUUCGACCUGUUUUUCUCUACAACCUCGCAAACAGACUUAAAGAUAAAUUCCAGCAGUGGAAUGUCCUGUCUGACCUGGAUGAGGCCAUUGACUAUCAUCGAGCUGCGCUGGCCCUCUGCCCUUUAGGCCAUCUUGAUCGAUAUGCUUCUCUCAACAACCUUGCCAGCAGCCUUCGAGUCAGAUUCCAACACCGGAAGAUCCUAUUGGACGUAGAUGAGGAAAUCGAGCUCCGUCGAGGUGCUUUGAUGGUCUGCCCCUCUGGCCAUUUUCAUCGAUCCAUGUCUCUUGAACACCUUGCCCUCGGCCUUCAAUAUAGAUUCCAGUGGCAAGGUCAAUCAUCAGACUUGGAUGAGGCCUUCAGCCUUUAUUCACAACUCUCCCGACAAUCUCUUCCGGUCUCUCGUUUCGAUAUCUGUGCUGCCAAGUCAUGGAUCACCUCCGCUGAGCAGGCGAAACAUGGCUCUGCACUCGUUGCCUACCAGACCACGUUAAAAUUCCUGGAUCAGUAUGUCACUGUUUUAGCGCCCUCUUCCAACCAUUUCGAUGUGGUCAAGGAGGUCACUUCAUCCAUUGCAAUGGAUGCUUUCUCGUGCUGUGUUCGCCAUGGUGCUUUGACGAAUGCUGUGGAACUAGUAGAGCAAGGCCGUGCAGUGUUGUGGACCCAGUUAGCGCGCUUACGCACGCCGCUGGAUGAUCUUUCCACAUCAAGUGCCACCGGUGGUGCCUUAGUGGAAGAGUUCAAGAAUCUCAGCUCGAGCCUUCGUGACGUAUUUGAUGCGUCUACUGAAGACCAGUUCCUACAAAUCCGGCAACUGACCACGCAAUGGAAUGAUGUUGUUUCCCGCAUCCGUCAGCUGCCUGGUUUUUCCCGAUUUCUCCUGCCUCCGCUGUUCUCUGACCUCCAGAAAGCGGCAGAACAUGGUCCAGUAAUUAUUGUCAAUGGAAGCAAAUAUAGCUGUGAUGCCUUGAUCAUCACGCGGGACCAAGAUCCUAUCCUCAUUCCACUUGAUAUCUCGCUAGCAGAGGUUUCCGAGUUGUCGUCAGAAUUCCAAUCCCUUACAAAGCGUGUUGGUUCUUCUGAUCAUCAACUCGAAUCACACAAGAUGGCCGGCGUCCUACGCAAACUUUGGGCUUGUAUCGUUAGCCCCGUAGUUCAGGUUCUCAAGGAGUUGAUUGAACCUGGCUCACGCAUCUGGUGGUGUCCCACCGCUGAAUUUACCCUGCUUCCCCUACAUGCAGCGGGACCUUAUGAAAAGAGGAGCCAUAAUUUGUCUCACUUUUACGUCUCCUCGUACACCUCAACUUUGUCCGCACUCAUCCGUGCAAGACAUCAUGUUUCUCAAGAUGCGUCCAUUCAGCAUUUCGUUGCCGUUGGCCAAGGACAUCCGGACGGAGGAAAGGAACUUCGACAUGUGGCCGCUGAGUUAGACAUUGUCGUUGAGCGGGUGGCACCCGUCCUGUCUUUUACAUCCCUCACCGACAGCGACGCAACAGUCCAGGGGGCAUCCAAUGCAUUUAGUCGGGCACAGUGGCUUCACCUUGCCUGCCACGGAAUGCCGAAUCGGAAACAACCAUUUGAAUCUUCUUUCGCGAUGCGUGACGGUCCUUUCACUAUCAUGGACAUCAUCCGAUCUCGCAUGCAGAAUCCAGAGUUUGCUUUCUUAUCAGCUUGUCACACUACUGUGGGAGAUGAAUUGAGUCCUGAUGAGGCGAUCCAUCUUGCUGCAGCGAUGCAAUUCUCUGGAUUUCGCAGUGUGAUAGGUUCGAUGUGGUCUGUUGAUGACGAAGUUGCUCGUCAGGUCGUAACAGCGUUUUACGACAACCUGGUUGAUGGUUCGGGGAGAUUGGACUGCAGGCGCGCUGCUGUAGCGUUGCAUAAUGCUGUGAAGACGUUGCGGAAGAAGAUUCCACUGGAACAGCAGAUUGAAUGGUCCGGGGAGCUGUAUAAUCCGCUAUCGGAACUUGAUCGACACUGGGGAUCCCCUACUGCAACCAAGAGAGCACUCCUUGUACAUGGUUUAAAUUCGUCUUCGUAUACGUUCCACCGUGUUGCAUCGAUACUUGCAGCCAAAGGAUACUUGGUCGUUGCUCCUAACCUUCUUGGACAUGUUCUCAGGACGCCCGGAGUUGACUUUAAAGUCCAGACAUUGGCAGACGACCUCUUACCCUACCUUCAGGCUGCUGAAUAUGAUAUAGUCAUUGGCCACUCAAUGGGUGGGGCAGUGGUAUUAUCACUUCUCAAGUACCUGCCGAAAACCAGGCCUACUUCAGUGGUUACCGUCGAUUCAUCUGUGGAGUUGACUGCAGAGCAGAUGGUGGUUCGAAGAACCAAGGCUUCUAACGAAGCCCGAGUCAAUCUUACGGUAGAAGAUUAUAUGGCGUUGAAUCCUCUAUGGACGAGAGAGGAUGCUAUUUGGAGAUCGCUGGAGACCCAGAUCGUCAGAGCAACCAACCACGAUGAUCACAUGAGUGGCAACACGCCAUGGUCGUUCUCACAUUUGUUCGCCGACAGGCCUGCCGCUGCCUCAUUGACGGUUUUGAUCGCAGAUCCACGAUCUAAUGCAUAUGGUGCUUCGAAGCUGGAGGUUGUUGCAAAAUUCAAAGAUGUUAGAACAGUGAUCGUUCCAAAUACCUCGCACUGGAUACAGUAUGAAUUCCCGGAAGUGAUUGUUGAAGAGGCGCUAAGGAAUAUCGAAGAGUAA